CUGCUUACCUCUAGAAAGCUCCAGUAGGCAGGGAUCCCCAGCAAGACACCCUCACCUACCCUGCCAACCCUUAAAUGAGGUCUGGGAAGGGAUGGAUCCUGGCUCCACCCCUUCCUGCCACUCAGGUGCAUUGCUUGCACCUGAGCUCCCCUGGGCUGGCCCUGCCUUCCCACCAGGUGCUCCAUCACUGCUUCAAGCCACAGCUCAGCAUUUCCACAACAGAGACGCACAGAAGAACCGACUGAAUCCUGCAUUUCAAGUUAAAAAGUCACUUCCACAUGCCUUGGCUGCUUGAAUGCUGGUUUUAAUUGCGUCAGUCGGCACAUUUAAAAACCACAGACAUGUUUUAAAGAAACCAGCAGAGGCAGCAAGGGGAGAAGAUUAACCGGCUCUUGCACUAUGAGGAAACAUGCUGAGAGACGCCGAAUGCUAACAGACUGCUGCUCCGGACUCCUCAGAGGGCCCUAAGACAGGUUCCCGAUCUCUCCUGCCAGCAAAGCCAAAGGGCACAAGAAGUCUACAAUGUCAAACAACGCUUCACAAUGCUACAUCAAAACAGAACUGGAACCCUUCACCUAUUUUUACUACUUGAUUUUUCUUACGGGUUUUCUGGGGAGCUGUUUUGCGCUGUGGGCAUUCACACAAAAAGGUCAAAAGCAGAAGUGUAUGAGCAUCUACUUAACCAACCUCUUAACAGCAGACUUUUUGCUGACUUUGGCGCUGCCAGUGAAGAUCAUUGUUGACCUAGGUGUCGCACCCUGGAAACUGCGAAUAUUCCACUGCCAAGUGACAGCCUGUUUCAUCUACCUGAACAUGUACUUAUCAAUUGUAUUUCUGGGAUUUGUAAGCAUGGAUCGCUACCUUCAGCUAAUGCACAGCUGUAAGAUCUAUCGCAUCCAAGAGCCUGGAUUUGCCAAGAUGCUGUCCGCAGUUGUAUGGACAAUGAUUCUCCUUCUAACAGUGCCUAACAUGGCUAUUCCAAUAAAAACCAUUGAAGAAAGACCUAAUGCAAGCUGCAUCGAUUUCAAAACAAAAUUUGGGAGAGACUGGCACGUGUUUACUAACUUUGUGUGCACAGCAAUAUUCCUGAACUUCUCAGCUGUGAUACUGAUUUCCAAUUUCCUUGUUGUCAGACAUCUCUACCAAAACAAAUACAGCGAGAGUUACACAAACGUGAAGAAAGCCCUGGUCAGCAUACUGCUGCUAACAGCAGCCUACCUGCUGUGCUUCCUUCCGUACCACGUCGUCCGUAUCCCCUACACCCUGAGCCAGAGCAAUACCAUAACCAGCUGCUCUCUGAAGCAAACUCUCUUUCACGCAAAAGAAUCUACCUUGCUCUUUGCAGUAUCAAACCUCUGCUUUGACCCUAUUCUGUAUUAUCAUCUUUCCAGCGUAUUCAGACUGAAAGUUAACGAGGCUUUCAUGGCAUCCAAAGAGGCAAAGGUUUCCGCAGAUGAAGAGGCACAACACAGAAGUGAGCAGUGGGUGCAAAUGUACUGAUUCUAAACUACGUGGAAAGCGUGUACAAAUACAUAACCCAAACAGCAGCUGUGCAACUGGAAACACGGCUGCUACCAUCAACAGCAUUACCACUGGAUGGAAGAGGAAAAGACUUGCAUCACAAAACCAGUCGUAGAGGGCCCGAGCAAGCAGAGCACUCAGUGUGGCAGUGCAGAAAUACUGCAAUGUAUCAGUGACAACCUAUAAACAGUCAGCAAUAAUUUAGAAUAAAAUUCGUUGACAGAGACCCAAAUAUACAUUCUUCUUGUUUAUGGCAAACGCUUGGGACUCUCCCUAAGUAAAAUAUUGUAUUCUUAUUAGAUUAAAUCACCUGGUGGAAUGAAGUAAAGGUUUUUUUUUUUAAAUAGCAGUUCAUCACCUGCAAAGCUUUUCACAGACACGAUUAACCCAGAAGCGUUUUAAAGGCUGUUACUUAAUCUAGAAAUUUUAAGCUGCAUGAUUGAGAAUUAUUGCACCUGUAAUUCUCAUAAAUAAGCCUUCUGCUCUUGUCAAGUUCCACUGCCCUCUCUUGGUGCUGCUUCACUGAAGUUGGAAACAACUAACAACAUGUGACUACAAGAAAUUCAAGGAAAUUUAAAAAUGAAAAUAAAGGGUAAGCAGAAA